UUUUUUUUUUCUUUUUCCUCAGUUUCUUCUUGGGUCAUGAAAAUCCCUCUCUUUUCAUCUGGUCUUCUCACUGGUGUUAAAUUCUAGUGUCUGAGUUAUUUUUCUCAGAGAGACUCUAUCCUGCCUACCUAUCAAGCUGCCAUCUUCAGACCCCAACCCAGUAUCUUCCAUUUCAGUGUCUCCUGGGUUUGUUGUUGGUAGGCUGGAGGAUUGGAACUGCAUCUUGCUCUUUGUCAUUUUCCUGUGGGACCUGUGUGGCCAGGCACCUUCCCAAAGUAUUUCACUGGAUUGCUGUGCUUGGCAGAGCUUUGAUCCUCUGAUAUCUACAUGGCUAGCCAUGGCACACCCCCAAACUAUGGCCCUGGAGCCUUCCACUGUGAUGGGCAAAGUUCAAAAUCUUCAGGACCUAUCAGCUAGGCUGGUCACUCCCUGAUAGAUAGCUCUGGCUCUCUGGGCUGGGCAGGGCUUAGUACCUCUGAGACCUGUGAGUUUGGCCAGGUCUUCCCCUGAUGGAUUGUGCUGGGAUGCUGGGUUGGGCAGAGCUUGGAUCCUCCUUGCAGCUAGCAGGGAUUUACCCCCAGAAUGUGGCAUCAGGUCUUGCACCUCACUCAUUGGAGUUCAAAAUCUCUGGGACCCAGGUGGCUUGCUUGGACAAACACCUGAUAGAGUGUUGCACCUGGCUGGGAGGAGUUCAGAGCCUCCAGGACCCCAGUGUCUAGCCAGGAUGCACCUCCAGAGUGUGGUACCAGGCCCUUGCAGUUGAUUGGGAGGAGUUUAGAGCAUCUGGACCACACUGCUAGCCGGGACACACCUCCAGAGUAUGGCCCUGGGGCCUUGAUCCUGGCCUGGCCAUCAAGAAUUGCUUUUUACCAAGUAAGAGAAAGGCCUUCUAUUCCAAUUUUCUGUAGGGAUUUUUUUUUACAUUUAUCAACUAGCAUAUGUUGAACCAUCCCUGCAUCACUGGGAUGAAUUCCACUUGCUCAUGAUGUACAAUCUCCUUGAUGAUUUGUUGUGUUCUGUUUGCCAGUAUCUCCUUGACCAUUUUUGUAUCUAUAUUCAUUAAGGAAAUUGGCCUGUGCUUCUCUUUUCAAUUGGAUCCUUCUCUACCUUUGGUAUCAGGGUAAUAAUUGCUUUAAGGAAUGACUUUGGAAGUAUUGCUUCCUUUUCAAAUCAUUAAAGAGUUUGAGAUGUGAUGCCAUUAGUUCUUUUCUAAAGUUCUUGCAGAAUUGAGUAGUGAAUCCAUUAGAACCUGAGCUUUUCUUUUUUGGUAGUUUUUAAAUUACUUCUUUAAUUUUAUUGACUGGUAUUGGGUUAUUUAGAAUUUUUAUAUCUUCUUGAUUCAGCUUUGGUGAUUCAUAUGUGUAUAUGAAUUUGUGCUUCUUUCUUUCUUUCUUUCUUUCUUUCUUUUUUUCUUUUAGGUCUUUUUGAGACAGGGUGUCACUAUGCAGUUCCGGUUGGCCUUGAGCUCAUUUUGUAGUCCAGGCUGGUUUUGAAUUUGCAGUGAUCCUCCUGCCUUAGCCUCCCCAGUGCUGGGAUUACAGGCAUGUGCCACCAUGGCCAGCUUCUGCAUUUUCCUUCUUAUUGGAGUACAAGUUCUCAAAGCAGCCUUAUUCAGAUAACAAAGAAGAAAUUACUUUGUGUAAUCACCAUGGAUAGCACAAAAGAGACAAGUAACACUUACAAAGAAGAUCUUCUGCUUAGGAUGGGACUUAAUGAUAAUAAAGCAGGAAUGGAGGGAUUAGAUAAAGAGAAAAUUAACAAAAUUAUAAUGGGAGCUACAAAGGGGUCCAGAUUUUAUGGAAAUGAACUCAAGAAGGAAAAACAAGUCAAUCAACGAAUUGAAAAUAUGAUGCAACAAAAAGCACGAAUUACCAGCCAGCAGCUAAGGGAAGCACAAUUGCAGGUUGACAGAUUUGCAAUGGAAUUGGAACACUGCCGGGAUUUGAGCAAUACCAUAGUACAUGUUGACAUGGACGCUUUCUAUGCUGCUGUAGAAAUGAGGGACAACCCAGAAUUGAAGGAUAAACCCAUUGCUGUAGGAUCAAUGAGUAUGUUGUCUACUUCAAAUUACCAUGCAAGGAGGUUUGGUGUUCGUGCAGCCAUGCCAGGAUUUAUUGCUAAACGACUCUGCCCACAUCUCAUUAUCGUGCCCCUAAACUUUGACAAGUACAGAGUUGUGAGUAAACAGGUUAAGGACAUACUUGCUGAUUAUGAUCCCAAUUUUAUGGCCAUGAGUCUUGAUGAAGCCUACUUAAAUAUAACAAAGCAUUUACAGGAAAGACAAGAUUGGCCUGAGGAAAGAAGACGUUAUUUCAUCAAAACUGGAAACUCGGCAGAAAAUGAUGAACCGGGAAAGGAAGUUAAUAACCUGAGUGAGUAUGAGCUGUCUGCCUCUCCACUCCUUUUUGAAGACAGUCCUCCUGAUUUGCAGCCCCCAGGAAAUCCUUCCCAAGUGAACUGCAAAGAACAAAACAAGCUUCAAAUACCACAAAAAUCAGUUGUUUUUGGAACCUCCGCCGAGGAAGUGGUAAAGGAAAUUCGUUUCAGAAUUGAACAAAAAACAACACUUACAGCUAGUGCAGGCAUUGCUCCCAACACAAUGUUAGCAAAAGUCUGCAGUGAUAAGAAUAAACCAAACGGACAGUACCAAAUUCUCCCCAGCAGACAAGCUGUGAUGGAGUUCAUCAAAGACUUACCCAUCAGAAAGAUCUCUGGAAUUGGAAAAGUUACAGAGAAAAUGUUAAAGGCCCUUGGAAUUAUUACUUGUGCAGAACUCUAUCAACAGAGGGCAUUACUUUCUCUCCUUUUCUCUGAAACAUCUUGGCAUUAUUUCCUUCAUAUUUCCCUGGGCCUAGGUUCAACCCACCUAGCAAGGGAUGGAGAAAGGAAAAGUAUGAGCGUUGAGAGAACGUUUAAUGAAAUAAACAAAGCAGAAGACCAAUAUAGUUUGUGCCAGGAACUUUGCAGUGAAAUUGCUCAAGAUCUCCAGAAAGAAGGACUAAAGGGUCGAACUGUUACCGUUAAGCUGAAGAAUGUGAAUUUUGAAGUAAAAACUCGUGCAUCUACAGUUUCAUCUGUUGUUUCUACUGAAGAAGAAAUAUUUGCCAUUGCAAAGGAGCUGCUAAGAACAGAAAUUGAUGCCGCUUCUCCAUAUCCCUUAAGAUUAAGACUUAUGGGUGUUCGGAUAUCUAGUUUUCCUAGUGAAGCAGACAAAAAACACCAACAAAGGAGCAUCAUUGGCUUCUUACAGGCUGGGAACCAAGCUUUGUCAGCCCCUGGGUGUACAGGAGAGAAGACUGAUAAAGAUCAGUGUCUAAAACCUCAAAAAAUGUCUCACGAGAAGAGUUUUUUUGAUAGAAAACGAUUAGAAAGGAAAUGGAGCCACCAAGACACAUCUCAAUGUGAAACUGUGGAUAAACCAAAUUUAUACACAUCACCACCAUUCCUAGUGAUAAAGGAGACGAAUGAGGGUUCAGAAACAUCAGAGAGUUCAGAUCGCUGUCAGACGUUUACCUGUCCCGUUUGCUUUAGGAAGCAAGAAAACAUCAAUCUAGAAACCUUCAAUAGACAUGUAGAUGCAUGUCUUGAUGGUCCUUCAGUCAAGGAGAAUUGUGAAGUGUUCGCGUGUGCAUACGCUUCCUCUGCAGAUGGUGGCCAGAAAGAAAACACACAUCAUUCUUCUUCACUUUGGGAGAAGCAGGAUUGUGAGACCCAUCAGAAAAAUGGAGAAGUCACUUCAGAAGAUCGUGUUGAUUUGGUAACGGCCAGAGAUAGCUCAUCAAAACCAGAAAGCGCAGACUGUCUAAGGAACAAGCACAGUGCAGAGGAACAUUCUAGUGUUCCUACCACGCCCUCUGGGACUGUUUCAUUGGCAGAUGCAGAUGUUGAGUUGGUAAGUGGCCAAGAAGUGGCAGCUGGCCAAGCUCUUGUCUGUCCUGUUUGUAAUCUAGAACAAAACACUUCAGAUCUCGACCUGUUCAAUGAGCACGUGGAUAUUUGCUUAAAUAAAGGCGUGAUCCAAGAACUGAGAAAUGAGAGCAGGAGUGUGGUCAGCCAACCCCAAGGAAGCUCCAGAAGUACUGGUACCUCAAGCAAAGUUCAGAAGACUGUAACAAAAACAAAAAGGCCAGGACUGAUGACAAAGCAUUCAACAUCAAAGAAAAUAAAACCAAACAAUCCCAGGCAUACCCUUGAUACAUUUUUUAAAUGAAUAUUGAACACUUUUUCAGUCAUUUUUCAUUGAAACUUGUUGUUUUUAUAAUCAAUGAAUUUAUUCUUUUUCAUUUUAAGUUUAUAGAUUUUUUAAGGAAGGCAACUACAAUAAUCCCUCCCCAAUAAAUAUAUAUUAAUUUACUUCUUUACACUAUUUAUAACGUUGAGAAUUUUAUUUCCAUUGUUCAUCAAUUGCAAAUCCUGCAAGAGAUCGUUAAAAAAUAAUAAAUGGGAUCAGAAUAUUAGUGAUUUCCUUAUAAUAGUGAAUAUAAACACAUAUUUAUUCAGUGUUUAACCACUUGGUUGAGUUGGACUCAGCCUUCAGAUACCUCAUGAACAUUCAUAGUUAAAAUUCAUUGUAAGUUCUGUCAAUAGUAUAGCAUAACAGAACUAGCAUGAAUGGUUUGAUACCUGCAGGAAAAUAGAUGUUACAGUGUUAUUUGUGGUAGAAGGAUUUCUGCUUAGAAUACUGUUAAACUCAUUUUGUUAUUGUUUUAAAAUUUCUUUAUCUUAUGAAUAAGCACGUGGUUCACUUUUUAAAAAUAUUUAGUCUUAAGAUUGAAAGUUUUUUUCUAAAUAUACCAUUUUUAAUAGCAUUGUUUCAUUUCUUGACAAUUGUGUUUGUACUUUUCACAAAUCUGUGAAAAAAAAUUGUGUAGUCACUUUAUUUCCAUUCUAAUCCUCAAGAGAAAAGGGUGCAAUUCAAAUGAUUAUUGUGUAUUUCUCUUGGUUGCAUUUCUGUCAUAUUCUAAUGUUUGUAAAAGAAGACAACUUAAACGUGUUCGCAAUAAGUGGAUACGCAACACUUUGGUGCUACCAGUGUGUUCUUACUAAAAAUAUGAUUUAAUUGGAGUCAUUUUUGCUACUGUUUUAUGGAACGAAAUUCUUUUUUUCUUUUUUCAUAUUUUAGCUUGUUAUUUGCUAAUGAUAUUUGAGGGAUAGCUAGGUCAUAUAAAGGCCUUUAGCCAAACUGGUAAUUUGACUAUUUUAUUCUUGUUCUGUGGAUUGAACCUAGGACCUCACACAUGAUAGGCAAGCACUCUGCAUCUGAGCUAUGUACCUCUGGAGCCCUUAUUUACUUGAGACAAGGCCUUGCUAAGUUACCUAGGCUGGCCUCUAACUUAAAUCUUCCCACCUCAGCUUCCUGAAUACUUGGGAUUAUGAGCAUACUCCACCACGUCCAGCGAAUAAACUUGACUUUUAAUUAUUAGAAUGUUUAAAAUUAGAAAGACUAUUAAUGCCUGAUGUUCUUAUAAUUCAGAAUUGUAUGACCGUAAUGCUUGAUUGUUGUUUUACUUAUGUAAAUAAUGUACAAAAUUAAAUUCAAUGAAAUUUAAUAUGUUGAAAAAUAAAUAGCAUCAUAUUUGUUUUCUA